UAUACAAGAUUCAAUAUAUAACGUUGAAGAUGCUGCGAGGCUUGAUGUAUUCCUUCGAAAAGACUGUAAACAAGGUAAUAUCACUCUGGCUGACGCACGCUAUUUCUUUAGUUUAAUGAUUCAUAUGCAACCCAAACCACCGAUUUCAUCAUUCAACCGGUUUUUUGGAGCUCUUGCUAAGAAGAAGUUUUAUGAAGACGUUAUUUUGCUUUACAAACGACUGGAUUCAAUGUGGUUGAUGCCAGAUUUAAUUACAUUAAAUAUUUUGAUUAAUUGUUUUUGUAAUGUGGGUCGAGUUUGUGAUGGUUUUGUUGUUUUUUGGAGAAUUUUGAGGUGGGCUUUUAACCCAGAUGUUGUGACUUUUAGUUCUUUGAUUAAAGGUUUGUGUUUGGAGAAUAGGAGUUUGGAGGCUAUAGAGUUGUUCAAGAAAAUGGCUGUGUUUAGGGUCAGGUCUGAUAUUGUUUGUUAUGGUAGUAUUAUCGGUGGCCUUUGCAAAGAUGGGGUGGUAGAUGAGGCAAAAGAAUUAUUUUUGGAAAUGAAGAGUAGAGGAAUUAAGCCAAAUGUGGUUGUUUGUACCUCUCUAAUUUAUGGUUGGUGUUUUGUGGGAAAUUUGGAGGAGGCUGAGAGUUUGUUUAUUGAGAUGGGGGAUCAAGGUUUGCAGCCUAAUGUGCUUUGCAAGGAGAGGAAGAUGGAGGAAGCUAAUGGGUUGUUAGAAUUGAUGAUUCAAAGAGGUUUGCAGUCUAAUGUGGUUACGUUUACUACAAUGAUUGAUGGGCUUUGCAAGGAGAGGAAGACAGAGGAAGCUAAUGGGUUGUUGGAAUUGAUGAGUCAAAGAGGUUUGCAGCCUAAUGUGGUGACUUUUAAUACGAUGAUAGAUGGGCUUUGCAAGGAGGGGAAGAUGGAGGAAGCUAAUAGGUUGUUGGAAUUGAUGAGUCAAAGAGGUUUGCAGCCUAAUGUGGUGACUUUUAAUACAAUGCCUGAUGUGGUGACUUUUAAUACAAUGAUAAGCAGGCUUUGCAAGGAGGGGAAGACAGAGGAAGCAAAUGGGUUGUUGGAAUUGAUGAGUCAAAGAGGUUUGCAGCCUGAUGUGGUAACAUUUACUACAAUGGUAAAUGGGUUUUGUAAGGAGGGGAAGAUAGAGAAAGCCAAUGGGUUGUUGGAAUUUAUGAUUCAAAGAGGUUUGCAGCCUAAUCUUGUGACUUUUAAUACAAUGAUAAAUUGGCUUUGCAAGGAAGGGAAGAUUGAGGAAGCUAAUGGGUUGUUGGAAUUGAUGAGCCAAAGUGGUUUGCAACCUGAUGUGGUGACGUAUACCAUAAUGAUAAGUGAGCUUUGCAAGGAGGCGAAGAUGGAGGAAGCAAAUGGGUUGUUGGAAUUGAUGAGUCUGAGAGGUUUGCAGCCUGAUGUGGUGACGUUUACUACAAUGAUAAGUGGGCUUUGCAAGGUGGGGAAGAUGGAGGAAGCUCAUGGUUUGGUGGAAUUAAUGAGUCAGAGAGGUUUGCAGGCUUGCAGCCUAUGAUCUGGUCUUCUAGUCUUGACCUCUAUAAGUACCCACAGGCCGUUUUGGUAUCUUUAUAUGUUCCACCUUGCGAUCAUAAAUCUUGACAUAUAUAACCCUUUAUAUUAUUUUUACCUUCUUUUGCUUA